ACGCCAAGCUAAAAGCAUCUCUUGAGAUUCCGAUCUCGACUAUACCUACUUACGACGUUCUUUAAUCGAACGACUCUCUAGCAACAGUCAAUUCGUUGGAUAUAUACUGUGUUAUUGCAAAAGUAUAUUUGGAUUGUUAACGAGUGGUUAAAAGUUUACUGUGCAUCAACAGCGAGUCUUACGUUUCAACGUAUACAGCGCGUUUUGCGGAUAUUACAUCGAGUUAUUUCGUCUGUCAAGUUUAAAAGAAACUUCAAGUAAACAUGUCUCUUGUACCACUUCUCUUCUCUGACUGGUGGAGCGAGCUGGAUGAACCUCAUUACUUGGCUGACCAACACUUUGGACUGCCACUCAAUCCAGAAGACAUCAUUGAUCGCUUUGCUCCUGUGAGAUCAGAGUUGCAGCUGUACAGACCAGGCAGACACCAUCGCCAUGUUUCUCGCUACCAUCCAUUCCUCCAUAGCUUGAUGAGGAAAGAAGGUCGUGGCCAUUCUACUGUAUCGGCUGACAAAGACCAGUUCAAGGUUACCCUUGAUGUUCAACAAUUCAGCCCUGAGGAGAUCAAUGUAAAAGUUGUCGACAACCACGUAAUCGUCGAUGCCAAGCACGAGGAGAAGAAAGACGAGCAUGGAUGGAUUUCAAGACAAUUCACUCGCAAAUACAUGAUUCCAAAUCAAUGCGAGGUUGAUCAGGUCGAGUCACGCUUGUCAUCUGAUGGAGUUUUGACAAUUACAGCACCAACAAAGAAGGCCCUUGAAGAUAAGAAAGAAAAAGUCAUCAAGGUUCAGUAUACUGGACAGCCCGCCAUCAAAGAACAAGAGGCCCAUUCCAGUAAAGAACCGCAAGCUGAAGAUAACGCUCAGCAACGUGGUGGCCAAAGAGGAAAGAAAUCAACUGUCAAAGCUGCCUAAAGGGACUGACCAGACCAACUAUUAGUGAUAAUUUUAAUCCUUUCAAUAAGUUUUU